GGACAAUAUGUCACAAUGUUUGGUGAUGUUAUAAGCCAUGUCAACAUAUCUGCAGUAAAGUCAGAAGAUGGUGGCGAAUACGAGUGCAAAGCAAUAUCACGGGCAGGUGAAGCAUCGCAUUCGGCACGCUUAAACAUCUACGGUAUGCCAUAUGUGCGCAUGAUGCCAAAACUAUCUGCAGUGGCGGGAAAGACCUUUUUUCUCAAAUGCCCUGUGGCAGGAUAUCCAAUCGACAGUAUCAUCAUAGAGAAAGUUAUGAAAUGAUAAUUGUUUUCCACGACGUCAUUGGUCGUUAAAAAGUGACCAAUUAUAUCCGGUGUCGUUUCAUUGCCAGAGCCGCUAACCAACACGAGGAGCAUGGUGUAUGGAUGAAUUUUGAAGUGGCGGUUUCAUCCACAAACUUAACGAAAGGGACAAUUUCCAGUAAUUAACAGGAUAUGUACCGCUUAGAUCAGCAUGGCGCACACGAACCAAAACACAGAAGCUGUGAAGCUUUAAAGGCCUGGGCAGUGGCAAUAAGAUUAGUGUGCGAAAUUCGCAAAAGCAAAAUAUCUUUAUGCCUAAGCUGAAAGGAAACUGAUAAAGAAAGUAACUACUGAAUUCAGCUCUCUGCCAAUGAACUGGUUGCCCUAAAUUAUUUUAUGUAGCUCUUCGUUUAAACCCAUGCUAAGAGUGUCAAAGUUUGUAUCGGAAUAAAUGAAAUAAAUAAA